AUGAAAUUGCAGAAUGUUUGUAUCCAACUGCCUGUAUACUCACCAGGAGAAUACGUCCGAGUACCUGUCCUACCCGUCCGCAUAUUUGUUACGGCACCAAGCGCCGGCUGCAAACCUUCGACGAACUGGUCGGACAGCAACUGGCGUCGCGACACUCCGUCCAGCGUCGGCAAAGCGCGAUCCAACAACUGCUGCAGGCCGUUGAAGAACACGGUCGGGUCAGAUCCGGGUGCCAUCCUGGCCGCCUUGAACUGCCUCAUAGCCUCCUGGCGGUCGGCCGGCGUGUCGAACUACGCGGAGGCUGCUGGUAUGGAUACCGACCGGGGGAAAUCAUUUAAAUCGGCCGAUCAGAAGUGGCCUUUUAUUGGGGCCAGCAUGUCGAUAGAGGCGAUGUUUGGCCGUAACCACGCGGCCCUUUUUAAGCAACAGUUUCUUUAA